AUGACACUGAGAUCUGACACCAAUCGUUCCCCAGGUUCCUACGCAGGAGCAGUAAUCGCCAUGCCUCUAGCUGGAGUGCUUGUUCAGUAUGUCGGAUGGUCUUCGGUCUUCUAUAUCUACGGUGUUUUUGGGAUCCUGUGGUAUGUCAUGUGGCUCCUGCUGGCAUAUGGAAGUCCUGCUGAGCAUCCCACUAUCACAGAGGAGGAGAGGACGUACAUCGAGACCACCAUCGGUGAAACAAUGCGCCAACUGAGUGUGACUGAGAAAUUCAAGACUCCGUGGCGUCGCUUCUUUACCUCCAUGCCUGUCUAUGCCAUCAUCGUGGCCAACUUCUGCCGCAGCUGGACCUUCUACCUGCUCCUCAUCAGUCAGCCGGCAUAUUUUGAGGAAGUCUUUGGCUUCCCCAUCAGCAAGGUGGGGCUCCUGUCCGCUGUCCCCCACAUGGUGAUGACAAUUGUAGUUCCUAUUGGAGGACAGCUAGCUGACUUCUUACGCAGUAACAAAAUCAUGUCUACAACGAAUGUGAGGAAACUCAUGAACUGUGGAGGAUUUGGUAUGGAGGCGACUCUGCUCUUGGUGGUCGGGUUUUCUCACACUCGAGGCAUUGCCAUCUCUUUCCUAGUUCUGGCUGUAGGAUUCAGUGGAUUCGCCAUCUCAGGUUUUAAUGUCAAUCAUUUGGAUAUUGCUCCUCGCUAUGCCAGCAUCCUAAUGGGCAUUUCUAACGGGGUGGGAACGCUAUCUGGAAUGGUUUGUCCUUUGAUUGUCGGAGCCCUGACUAAAAACAAGACUCGUCUGGAAUGGCAGCAUGUCUUUAUUAUUGCGUCCAUGGUGCAUUACUCAGGGGUCAUUUUCUACGCGAUCUUUGCUUCGGGAGAGCAGCAGGACUGGGCCAACCCUGAGAACAUCAGUGAGGAUAAAUGUGGCAUUAUUGAUGAGGAUGAGCUGGCUGAAGAGUCAGAGCUCAACAGCGAGAGCAUGAUGGCUCCCAAAAAGAGUUACGGAACCACAGACAAUUCAUCUGGUCGAAAACAGGGCUGGAAAAAGAAGAGAGGGGUGACUAUGCAAGAGGAGGAGGAACAUUGUGGGAAUGGCGACUACCAGGACCGGUACCAGUGAGACGUCCCGUGGGGCAAAGGACUUCCAAAAUAUCCAAAUCUGGUCACAGCUGAAGGUUUGAUGUCAGAAACAUUGGAGAAGUGACAGAAGCAGCAGCAUCAUAUUUACCUCAAGGUGGCCCUUUUUCAUUUUUGGUCAAUACUCCAGUUUAACUGUGAUGUACUGUAAUGUCCACAGAAAAUAGUUAUGUGUAAACACAACAUUAAAAAAGUCGAAUAGCUAAAAUCAAACAUAUUAUUUAUUAGAAGCCCAUUGGAGCAACACUAGAAAGAAAGAAACAUCAACAAAUACAGGAUAUAAUCACAACUAGAACAAUAGAUUCAAACUGACACAUACUAUAAUUAGUACUAUAUUAGUAUGAUGAGUAUAAUGAAGCUAAACCAACAUUCAUGAAGAACAUCAGAAACACAUAUCAACUUUCAAACCUGACUUUACUUUUCCAGCAACCUGCGCUGAACGUACUCCGUCUGUGCAAGCAAACGCCGACUGAACUUAUAUGUACUGUGAACCAUGUGAACAGUUUUUGAAAUGUUUAGUGUCAGCUAUGCAACGUGAAAAGAGACGCGCUUCUGGAAUGUAAUAUUGGGUUUGAAAGCAGACCACGGUGUUAAUGUAACGAGCCUUAUUGUGUUUUUUGAUUAUUUGCCGUUGCUGAAUGAUUGCACUCCGUCACCGCUCAGCUCGAUCUCCUUGUCUGAGUAGGUCUUUGCUCACCAUCCAUUUGUAAUGCACUUCUUCCAGCAUUAUGUCAUUUCCAUCAUUUGUAGUGCUCUGAGCUCAUAAUGGGACAAAAUGGACGUUGCUUCAUGAAGCAUUUAGUGUAACUCUAUUUAUCCUUCUGGUGUCUAUCUUUUUUGCAAUUUCUCAAUGUUUGAUACAUGGAGGCCCAGUUUGGUUCUAAAAAUAAUGUACUAUAAUAUUUCACUUUAAUCAUAAAAGUGUAAAUUUACACUCACUGUUUAUCAGUACUGCUUAAGAAGAGAAAAUCUGUUUUGUACAGUAAAUUAUUAUCUUAUUGUUUGAGAGAGCAUUGAUUUGAUUUGCACUUUAUGUGAACACACUGGAAAUGUAAUAAACUGCAUUUCUACUCUGUAUUAAGAUUAUUUAGAGACAUAAAUCU